AUGGUUGGUCGAUGGAAUACCGCGUCGGCACCGUCGUUACGAGGCUCAGUCAGGUACGCCGCUGGCCAGACGGUUGUUGGAACUCUCCUCCGGCAUCGUGGAGACGAGGCUCCGCCUGAUCCGCCGUUGGUCAGCCGGAGAGAUGGAUCUCCACAUCGACAUCGCCGAGACGCGCCUACCUACGCCGUCGAACACCGCCGGCUUACGGCGACGUCGUAAGCCAUUGGCAAAUUCGAGUCGUUCUCCACUACCAACAGAAAUCGUGGCCCCAUAGUGGAGUUCGGCCGCGCCAUAAAGGCACACAUGGGUAGCCCUAUUCAGGGGGGGACUGCCUGCCUUCGGAGGGACCUAGAAAAUCUGGCCUAAAAAUUGCUGGGCACCACGUUGUCUGCAGGCUAACCGGGGUCACAGAUGUUAAACUCGCGGGCGAAACAACAAAACAAUAACAAUAACAACAAUACUCUCUCUUCUCCUCACCCUGCCUCUUCUUCAUCCUCCUCUGCCUAUUCUUCGGAAUACUUUUUUCCCUUCGUCAUCUCCUCCUCACCCUCAUUCCCGCAGCCACAGUAGCCGCCGCCGCCAGACUGGAAGGGUGAGUCUACUCACUCUGGCAGCCUGGAAUGUUCGUUCCCUUUUAGACAAUCCGAGGAGCAACCGACAGGAUCAGAGGACAGCGCUAGUGGUUCGGGAACUGGCGCGCUAUAAGGUGGACAUCGCCACACUCAGCGAGACUCGAUUCUGCGAACAAGGCCAAUUGGACUAUUUCGGUGCCGGCUACACCUUCUUCUGGAGUGGUCGCCCCAGGACAGAGCGACGAGACGCGGGUGUUGCCUUUGCCAUUUGGAAAGACAUCGUGGGACAAUUGCCUUGUCAAUGA